GGCGUCGGAAUUGAAUUGGGCUCAUCUCUUGCUGCCUCCAAAUUCCAUGGGGCCUGAUCCAAUUCCACAUUGCGCAUCUGGGUGGCGUCGCUUCGACAGUCGGCGGGUUCCGUAAGCAAUUCGAGGUUUACAGCUGCUCGCGCACUGCAACGUUGUGGAGAGCAGAAAGAAGUGAAGAGGCGAAUAGCAGAGGAUACGAACGUGUGUCGCUGUGCUAUCUGCAGCAUCUUUGUGAAUUUGAAGUAUCAAAGGAAGAGUGAAUUUCAGGAGAGGUGCAGUGAAGAAACAUGUCGGUUGCACAGGCUGGGUUUGUUGCCUCCUUGGCUGUUAGUCCUGCUUCAUUUCGUAAAGAAGUGACCUCAGCGUGUACGACGAGCGGAGAUGGUUUGUUUAGCAGAGGAGCUUCGUGCUCAGCUUUGUUGCGAAGGAAAACGCAGCAUUCUUCGACUAUGAAGAGUUUUAAUGUGCCCACGAGGUUAUAUAUUACAGCGAAACAAAAUGAAACAAGUACAAUCAAGAGUGUGCCUGUGCAAGUUGCCCAUGAACUUCUCAAUGCUGGCCACCGAUGCUUGGAUGUCAGGACAACAGAGGAAUUUACUGCAGGCCACGUGAAAGGCGCUGUCAAUAUUCCCUACCUUAUUAAAACUGGACAUGGCAUGAGCAAGAACCCCAAAUUUCUGGCGGAAGUUGAGAAGGGGUUUAGCAAAGACGAUGAAAUACUUAUUGGAUGUCAGAGCGGGCGCCGCUCUUUGAUGGCUGCUGCAGAACUUCGGGAUGCGAAAUUUACAGGAGUCAUUGAUAUGGGAGGAGGCUACCUGGCCUGGAAGGAGAAUGGGCUUCCAGUCAAUAUACCAAACCAAGCGUAGUUUGUUGCAGAGUACUGGGUGAUCCAAACACAUCGUGAGCUCUGCUUAUCAGUAGUCAGAUACGUUUCCAUGGACAAGGUUUGUGCGAAGAGCUGCACGCUGCCAUGUUGACAUCCUUAUUUGCCAUAUCUAGCAGCGCACGUAUACCGUAAAUAGUCUCUGGUGGGAAUGACUACAAGUAGCCUGUUUCGACUGAUUUUACAUCUUUUCAAAAGAAGUGAAGUUGAACCAUGUGCAUACCUCAAAUUUGGUACAUGGUUAGCUCAAAGGACACCUUUGCUUGGAAAUUUUGAAACAACGAUGUCCACAAGCGAUGGAACUGCCUAAGACAUUGCAUCGUCAAA